UCAUACCCAGCACGGUCAGCGUGAGUGAGCGUGUCUGUCUCGGCACUUCAAUUUAACCAAGAGCAUGCGGUCUUUGGUCUCGUCGUGAAGUAAGAUGAUCGAUGUCAACGAUCGCUGUUCCAGUGAUGGUGAGCAGGUGAGCCGGCAUCAGAUUCGCCUCUCUGGUCGGAAUUACUGGCACAUGGGAACGGCUUUGCUGGAGGUAGUCGCCGUUUGAAAGCGGGAUACGGAGACAUGACAACAGACGGCACGACAGCCGUCCGAGGAGCGCAUCCACAGGGCGCCUCUGCGCCCAAAGAGAACGGACACGCCGCGCAGCCCUGCGCCAACUUUCCCCAUCCCUCAGCGAGGAGGAACCCGGUCGACGAUGCCCCCUUGUCCGCCACCAGCGAGUUAACGCAGACCUGGGUUGACUUUGUGAAAACAUUCGUGCUUAUUUUCCCUAUUUAUGUCCUGGGCUAUUUUGAGUUCAGCUUUAGUUGGCUGCUGAUUGGACUGGUGAUCUUGUUCUGGUGGAGGAGAAACACCGGAGGGAAACACAGCCGCCUCAGCAGAGCGCUGGCUUUCUUUGACCGGGAGGAGAGAAGUGUCAAACACCACCUCAGCACCUCCGAUCUACCGCCCUGGGUACACUUCCCUGAUGUGGAGCGAGUCGAAUGGCUGAACAAGACAGUGAAACAGAUGUGGCCCUACAUCUGCCAGUUUGUGGAGAAACUCUUCCAGGAGAAGAUCGAGCCAGCAGUGAAGGCGUCAAACGCACACCUCAGCACCUUCUGUUUCAGCAAGAUCGACAUCGGAGACAAACCUGUGAGGGUCAACGGGGUCAAGGUUUAUUCUGAAAACGUGGAUAAGCGACAGAUCAUAAUGGACCUGCAGGUCAGCUUCGUUGGAAACACAGAAAUCGACGUGGAUAUCAAGCGCUACUACUGCAAAGCAGGAAUCAAAAGCAUCCAGAUCCACGGCGUGCUGAGAGUGGUGAUGGAACCGUUGCUGGGUGACAUGCCUCUCGUCGGAGCCCUGUCGCUGUUCUUCCUCAAGAAGCCUCUCCUGGAUAUAAACUGGACCGGCCUCACCAAUAUUCUGGAUAUUCCUGGCCUCAAUGGCCUCUCUGACAGCCUCAUCCAAGACAUCAUCUACAGCUACCUGGUGCUACCGAACCGCAUCACCGUCCCGCUGGUGGGGGACAUAGAACUGGCUCAGCUACGCUUCCCUUUGCCAAAGGGAGUCUUGAGGAUCCACUUCUUAGAGGCUCAGGAUCUGGAAGGGAAGGAUAAAUUUCUGGGAGGCCUGAUUAAGGGGAAAUCCGACCCGUAUGGCAUCUUGCAGAUCGGCAACCAGCUUUUUCAGAGCAAGACGGUCAAAGAGAGUCUCCAUCCAAAGUGGAGUGAAGUGUUUGAGGCGUUGGUGUACGAGCCUUCGGGGCAGCAUCUUGAAAUUGAGCUGUUCGAUGAGGACCCAGACAAAGAUGAUUUCCUCGGCAGCCUGAUGAUUGACAUGACCGAGCUGCAUAAGGAGCAGAAGGUCGAUGAGUGGUUUGACCUGGAGGAAGCUCCGACUGGGAAACUUCACUUAAAGCUGGAGUGGCUCUCGCUGCUCUCCACUCCAGAAAAGCUGGACCAGGUGCUGCGAAACGUCCGUGCAGACCGAAGCUUGGCCAACGACGGCCUCUCAUCUGCCCUGCUGGUGGUCUACCUGGACUCAGCAAAAAACCUGCCGAGCAACAUGUCAGAUUUCAGCCAUGAUGGGUCAAAGCAGGUCUCGGUUUUUAAGGCCCUGAAGUCUGCCAAGAAGACCAGCAGCGAGCCCAGUCCUUACGUCCAGUUCACUGUGGGCCACAAAUCACUGGAGAGCAAGAUCCGCUACAAGACCAAGGAGCCACUGUGGGAAGAUUGUUUCUCCUUCCUUGUUCACAAUCCAAGGAGGCAGGAGCUGGAAGUGGAGGUGAAAGAUGACAAAUCCAAAUGCACUCUGGGAAAUCUGACGGUGCCUCUCAGUGGUCUGCUAGCAGAGGAGGACAUGACGCUGACUCAGUGCUUUCCUCUGAAGAACUCGGGACCAAGUUCCACCGUCAAACUGAAGAUGGCGCUGAGGAUCCUGUCUCUGGAGAAGCAAGGGUCCUCAGACCAGCCCUCUUCCGUCCAAGUCAGGAAGUCCAGCAUGCCGCUCCCGACUCCCGCCGUCUCUGUGAGGCUGUCGUCCUCCGAGUCUCCGCUGUCGCCCCCCUCGCCACCACCAACCAUCGACGCCUCCACGUUCACACUCCACCCCAGAGAUGGCGAGCCGUACUCGGCCAGCCCCCGCCGCAGUUUCUCCAGCCUCAGCUGUAUCUCAGGCUCGCAGAAGCACCUCGCUCACAGGGAGUCCACUCCCAGCCUGGCCUCCGACAUCUCCCUGCCCUUCGCCUCCCUGGAGCUGCAGCAGAGACUCCGUCAGCUGCAGAACGGCUCGGCUCUCGGCCAGUUUCCCCUCGGUGAAGUCCAGCUGACCAUUCGACACAGCUCCCAACGGAACAAGCUGAUCGUGGUGGCACACGCCUGCAGGAACCUGAUCGCUUUCACCAAAGACGGCUCAGACCCCUUCAUCCGGCUCUACCUCCUGCCUGACAAGAGUCGGACCGGGAGGAGAAAGACCAGCACCAUCAAGAAGACUGUUAACCCUGUGUAUGAUCAGACAUUUGAGUUCAGUGUGUCGACGGUGGAGCUCCACAGGAGAACUCUGGACGUAGCAGUGAAGAACGGAGGAAGUAUCUUGUCCAAACACAGAGGACUUCUGGGGAAGGUUCUGGUGGAUCUAAGUGGCGAGGACAUUUCCAGAGGAUGGACGCAAUGGCUGAGUCUUAGUGAAGACGGUUCCUCUCAAAGCCUGAGAGACGAUCAGGAGCCGCUCUUCACCACUGACAUCUAAAGCAUUUCUACUGCAUGUACUUUUUGAACCUUGAGUUGGGCAUGUUACUCCUGAAAUAACUUCACAAUCAUUGUAACAUACUGUCAUAACUCUCAGCUGGGAGGGUGAUGUAAAUAUGGAGUCGGCAGUUUGAACUAUUUCCGAGAUCAAAUUUGAUCCGACUUUAACCAAAGGAACAGAAUCAAUCGCGGCUUUGGUGUUUGUCUCGACUAUUAUCGUUUGUAAUGCGGUGUACUAUGAUUGUUUACCUCUUAAUGUUGUUUGUGUCUGAAUACAAACAUGGAAUGCACAUAUGCAAGUGACAAAAAUGACUGCUAUGUAUAUUUUGGAGGAGGGUGUGCAAUAUUGGCGGAAACGGUCCUGGACUGACCGAAGGGCAUUCAGAGGAGCUGGGACUGAGCUCUGAGCGUACUUGAAUAAAACGUUGCGUCCUGGAUAAUAUGAACAAAGAAACAGAGCAGAGAGCUGUCGGAAGGUGUUGUUAUGACGACGGAAGUGUCACGUGACUAUAACUGUUGGUCAGAGCUUUUUAAAUACUGUUCUUGUACUCCAUCAUGUGCCUUAAUGACUCACUGUGUCAGCUUGCCUUCUUAAUGUUUUCAUUUGAAUGACACGAUGGCU